GUGGAAGGUUCUAUCCCUCUUCUUCCAGUGCGGCUGGCCGAAUGCCAUGCUAUCCUGGCUCGUGGCCUGUGUCGUUUCUGCAACACUCUGCAUGCAGGACGUCCUUCCGAUGCCGAUGACCUACAAGGCCGACGUCCUCGGCUUCGUGGCAGACUGCCCUCUCGGAUUUUGGAUCCUCAUCUCCAGCUUACUGGGCACCGGUGCGGGAUUCUUCACCGCUCCGUACAGGCCGCAGUGGUGUGGCGAGCCAGAUGUCUGCUUCAUUGAUGUUGCCAGCAUACAUCAGCUGGACCACAAGCUUAUGGAGCGUGGCGUGUAUGGAAUUGCAGGUUUCCUGAGUUUGGCUGACGAAAUGCGAGUCCUUUGGUCACUGCCGUAUCUGACUAGAUUGUGGUGUGUAUUCGAGCUAGCAGCAUACAGGAAAGUGAACCCUGGUGGCAAAAUUGCGUUCAGGCCCUUGUUCAUCGAACGAGUUCUGUUUCAGCUGCUUCUCGCGACUUAUGCCUACCAGACAAUCCUACUGGCGUCCCGGACGGUUGACAGCAUAACGUCCCUGGCCUACGUGCGCUACCUCUUCUUUGUGCUGCCCUGGGCAUUGUGCGUUUAUGGGCUUCGGAUGAACUUCCGUGAGAAGCUCAACCUCUUUGCCCAGUUAGAGGCCUUCGAUGUAGAGCAAGCGCAUUGCACCGAGGAGUUCGAUC